AUGGACACAACCCGAGGCAGCUCCUCCACCAUGGAUCUCUCCUACCCCGAGUACCCCGAGGACUGCGACCUGAAGGAGGAAGGGGGGCAGCAGCCGGGAGCUGGAGGUGUCUUUGAGAGUCCUUCAAACGAGGAAGCCUCCGAGUACUUCUUCUUGAGCAGCCAGCCCUCCCCACCUCUCCCUCUCAGCUACUCGGGGAGCUUCUUCAUAGAGUCAGCCCCAGAACACAGCCAUGACCCAGAAGCCUUCUUCAGCAUCAUGUCUGGCAUCCUUGGUCUGUCUCCUUUCGCUGCACCUCCUCGCCUGAACUGUCAGGGGUCCCUCUACUCAGUCCCGGAGUCCCUCCAGAACCACAUGGACCUUUACUCAAACUGUCAGCCCAACCUGAACAUCUCGGUGCAGCAGGGCUUCUCUGGCCACCAGCUGUACUCUGCCUUCAGCAGCACCGAGGACAUUCACCAGGUGCCCAGCUCACCCAACCUGGGCACUUCCUCCUCCAACCAAUGCUUCUUUGACUCUAAAGUAAUCCCCAACAAGCAUGACAUGGACCUGUCCCCCAUCUCCCCCACAUUGGAUUCUUUUGGUGCCCAGUGGGACUCACAGGCAUCUCAGGACUUUGGCCAGCCUUCCUACCCUACAGAUGGAUUUCUGCCCCCUGACAACCCCUCUCCUGUCUUUCAUCCCUUGGAAUCUAAAGUGGAGAACAUGAUGUCCUCCUGCUGCCAGUCACUAUCUGGAGAGGAAUCUAUUUUGUACAACAUGGACUUCAGCUCUCAGUCUGACAACUACCACUCAUCCCACUCUGACACUUAUGACUUCACUGAGACCCAGAUUGACCUAAAGCCUCAGCUUUUGCCAGAUACCAAGUACCCACUAGGCCACCAAACCUCCGUGCCAGGGCUGAUGAACCAAGAGGAAGUUCUUCAGCACCAGUCCCCCCCAAUCAUCUCCACAGAUUUUCUGGGUCUCUCCCCAACAGCUGACAACAUCAUUCCAGCAAAUACCAGGGACCACCUUGCAGAACCCAGAAAGAAAUAUCGCAGGAACAAGUUUCCAGCGAAAUGUUUUCGUCCAAAACCCCAUGAGAAGGCCUUUGCUUGCCCUGUGGAGAGCUGCAUCAGGAGCUUUGCCAGGUCAGAUGAGCUCAACAGGCACCUGAGGAUCCACACUGGCCACAAACCCUUCCAGUGCAGGAUCUGUCUGAGGAACUUUAGCCGUAGCGACCACCUCACCACCCACAUCAGGACCCACACUGGGGAGAAGCCCUUCUCCUGCGACAUGUGUGGCAGGAGAUUUGCCAGGAGUGAUGAGAAGAAGAGACAUGGGAAGGUGCAUCUGAAGCAGAAGACCAGGGCUGAGGAGAAACUCAAGGGACUUGGCUUUUACUCCAUGGGAUUGUCCUUCAGCACCAUGUGA